AUGAAAGAGAAUGACGUGAAAAGACUGACCCCUCGAUUGUUCUGGUAUUCUGAUAUUGCAAUCGAAGAUGAUGUCAUCGAUGCAGUGGAAGGGGAGUGUGAAUUCAACAGAUUUUUUGACGAUCUCUUUUCCUACUGCACAGAGCUAGAAGCUCAGGGAGUGGCGAAAGGGUGCGAGUCUAAUGAUACCGGACUCACAAGCGCCUUGAGGGCAAACGAGACAGUCACGUUACCCAAGGUCAGCUGGAGAGUGUCUAAGCGAGAGCAGUUUAGGCAUUUUAUAACAUCGCAGGGCAUGAAAGAUGCUAGAAUUCAUUUUACUAUAUCAGGAUUUGAACUGAAGCCGGAGGGCGCGGUCACUGUCGGCCCAAAAAAUGAGCAUCUACCAAUCAUAUCUUAUACCGGUUGGUUCAAAGGCCAGACCUGGGAACCCAAAGCUAAUACCGCAGAUGAUGAUUGCUACCUCGCUACAACGCAGGCUUGA